AUGUCAGCAUUCCAGGUGUUCGCAGCAGUAAUGCAAUGGGUCAGGUUCGACAUACGAGAACGAAAACAAUCUCUAUCGAAGCUGAUGGAGCACGUACGACUUCCACUUUGUCACCCGGAAUUUCUCGUGGGUACGGUCAGUGAUAACACGAUGGUGAUGACCGAUGCCGCCUGUCACGAUCUCGUCGAUGAAGCUAAAAACUACCAACUUCUCCUGCUGUCUUCACACGAACGACCAAACAUGCAAGGACCGCGCACUAGACCGCGGAAACCACUGAUUUUCAAGGAAGUGUUAUACGCG